AUGGGGAAGACAGGUGGAAGAGGCGACUUUGAAUGGGUCUACAAUGACCAGCCGCACACUUCAAGAAGAAAAGAAAUCCUGGCCAAAUAUCCAGAGAUCAAGUCUCUGAUGGGUCCGGACCCCCAGCUGAAGUGGGUGGUAUCAGGCAUGGUCCUGACGCAGUUCCUGGCCUGCUACCUGGUCCACGACCUCUCCUGGAAGUGGGUCAUCUUCUGGGCUUACGCCUUUGGAGGCUGCAUCAACCACUCCCUGACUCUGGCUAUCCACGACAUCUCUCACAACGUGGCCUUUGGCAACAAGCUGGCGAAGUGGAACCGCUGGUUUGCCAUGUGGGCCAACCUGCCGAUUGGGUUGCCUUACUCUGCCUCCUUUAAGAAGUACCACAUUGACCAUCAUCGGUAUCUGGGUGGUGACCAGCUGGAUGUUGACAUCCCUACAUACAUGGAAGGAUGGUUCUUCUGCACCCCAGCCAGGAAAGUCCUCUGGCUCUUCCUCCAGCCCUUCUUCUACGCCCUUCGCCCAUUGGUGGUCAAUCCUAAGCCAGUGGGUCAGCUAGAGAUCCUUAACGCAGUUGUUCAGCUCACAGCAGACUUAAUUAUCUACUAUCUAUGGGGCCUGAAGCCCAUUGUUUACCUGAUUGCAGGUUCGAUCCUGUGUAUGGGACUGCAUCCUAUCUCUGGACAUUUCAUAGCUGAGCAUUACAUGUUUCUGAAGGGACACGAGACAUAUUCUUACUAUGGACCACUGAACAUGAUCACCUUCAAUGUUGGGUAUCACAUGGAGCACCAUGACUUCCCCAGUAUACCUGGCAGUAAACUACCUCAGGUCAAGCAAAUCGCAGCAGAGUUUUACGACUCCCUCCCUCAACACACUUCCUGGAUCCGGGUAUUAUGGGACUUUGUGUUCGACGACAGCAUCGGCCCCUAUGCCAGAAUCAAACGGGAGUACAAGCUUAACAAGCAGGGAUAGAUCUGCGGAUCGAUCAUAUUAUGUUUCCCUUUUAAUGGGAAUGUGAAUUUCAGUUGUUUAAUAAAAAAAUCUAUGGAGCACUAGCCUAUAAAAUAUUAUUACAUUUUCCAGUUUAAAUGUGUUUUUCUCUCAUGUCACAGUGAGUAAAUGUUCUAACAUCUUUAAUCAGUCCAGUGCAUGAUGUGCUCAUUUCAGUUGCAUACAUACACGGUUCAUGGAAAAUGUAAGAUAAUUCCGAUACAGCUACAUGGUCUCCUUACCCUACUAUUUAUUCAUGCUUCUAUUCCUGCUAUAAACAGAUGGCUCAUCAUUGUGACACAGUGAUGACAUUUCCUUGUAUCCAGGAGGCACUGAGAAGGGCACAAUGAUGAAGAGCUAAUAUUUCAACAGAUGUAAAAAGAAAUCCUCAUUUCUAUAGGAUAAAGGUCACAAACAUUCUCAUGAGAUUUUACAUGAUGUCACUAACUCUGUGGUGCCCCUUUCCUGCCUACAAGCAUUAUGUCUUCUAUAUUUCUGAAUGUGAGAAUCGAGGCACACGAGACCUCUCGGAUUACCUAAUUUAAUUUGUGCAGAACAGUGCUGAGGGGAAAAUGAGCAUUGAAAUUUACCUUCCAGUAAGAGGAGCCUUUUCUUCAGUGACGCCCCAUUCUGCUUGUACGCUGCUUUGAUUACAUCUACACGGAGUGGACAAAAUAAUAGAAACACCUUAUGAUGCAAAAUCCAGACUCAAGUCUCAUGUUUGGUUAAUUAACUCAUUUCAUGUUACUUAGUGUUAGAGUCUUCUUGUGACCACUGGUCCUCCACACACUAUAGCAAAUCAACACUUAUGAAUUGCAAAAGACAAAUAAGCAACAAGCUUUACAAAAUUAAUAUUUACCACAGAGUUAUUGUAUUGAAUGGUGUUUCCGUAACGUUGUCCAGCUGUAUGUACAACUUAAUCUAUGUGUUAUGAUUGAUAAGCGUGAUCUCUGUUGCUUCUAUUUAAAUGAAUGUAAAAGAUAUAAGAUGAUGCUAUAAGCUACUAUAAAGAAUAUUACUUUGUCUGUUU